AUGCCAAGCACAAGCCGACUGGAUUUCCGCUUGGCGCGGAUCCCUGCGUAUGUGAAUGUCGACUCCAUCGUUUUCUUAGCUCGAUGCUUCCUCCUCGACUCUUUCUCUUCCGUUUGCAUCGCCUUCGCUCUCCCUCGGGAAGGAACUCAAAUCAAUAGACUCUUUUCGGUUGGCACCCGUGGCAUGUUGAUGGGAAGUCGUCUGCGGUUGGUGCCUUAUGCGCUGUCAUUGGGUUCCGUCGGGAAUCUGCUGUACACGUGGCAGCCGUCAAGAGAAGCCGUCGACGCAUCCAAGUCAUCGCUCAAUCUCGUCGAUGUCGCCAUCCAGGUGGAUUUGUCGUUGGAGAUGAUAACGUACGGAUCAGAGGAAGACCUGACCAGCCGUCGCAAGGCGUCUCUGCUGCGACGAAAGAAGCAAGCGCCCCUUUACUCACGAGAGGACAUUCGGGAGCAAUAUUGCAUCAAUAGCAAGGAAUUAGAGGUCUUCAACACUUCCAGGAGGAAGGGCAUAUUUAGCUGUCUCUCAAACAGGCAGGAGAGCCCAUGCGGGAAUGUGUCCAUCCUCAGUUCGUGUGUGAAGCGAAAGACUCAGGACGAUUUCCACGACGAGGAAAAAAGGCCUUACGUGAAGUACAAGCCGGCCACGUGGCGCGGAUCGAGCGGCUUCGGCCCCUGGAUGGUUCUGGACGAUGGGAUCCAAGACAGCGAUGAUCCUGAGCUUCACUUCCGUCGCCGUCCCAAGACCGUCUGCCUCGCGGAUCCUCGCCGGUAUUACUGGUCCAGCGACGAGGAGACCUUCCCCCUCUCGCGAACUGUCCGUCCUCGAGGGGGCCUGGAAGGCGCGGGACUGGGCGCAUCGAUGGAAUCCGACGACCAGGUGCCCUGGGUCCAGAGGGCACCGGGGCAGCCGUACUACCGAGGCGACGAUGUGAGCUACUGCAGCGCCGAUGCCAUGUCCAUUGGGAGCCACGAUGCUGCUUCGCUUCGACGGGGUGCUUACCCGCCGGGCCUGGCCACUCCCGACUUCUCGCAUCUGCCAAUGUUGAGCCGGGCAGCUGAAAGCGGGAAAAGCAUCGAUCCCAUUAAACUUGCACCAGCAACCGUUUUAACUUCCGCUGGAGAAUUCUGGGAAAGGGAAAGACAUGAGACUCGGUUUUCCUUGGGGAGCAGGUCCAAGCCGGACACCGAGGCACUAUUCACAAAUUACCCAACGGAGACGGGGAGCAUGACGGUCCUGCGGAGGGGGAGAGGAGCGGAGAUGACCUUCGACGAAAGGCGGACGAAGCACGUGAGCUUCGACAACACCUCCCUCAUCCGAUCUCAGACGCUGUCGGACAUCGACGCCAGUCAUUCCAGGAGAAUGGUGAUGAUGGAAGGGAGGCUGGGGUCGAGUCCGGGCAUGCAGCAGAGUCAAGAGAGGCUUCUGGAUGGACGGAAAAUUCCCGAUCACCUCGAUAGAUCGGAUAUCCUCGGAUCUGGCUCCCAGUGCAGCAUGACCAAGGCUCUCGUUCAAGGCAAGUGCGAGAAGAUGAAGAGGUCGUCGAUGAGGACCCAGGCGACGCAGACGGAGUCCGGCCUUCAAGAGCAGAGCUUCCCUCCGCCGUAUCUUUCGCUCAGCCCUCGAAUGUCCCAAAAGGUUCGGAAGCGGUCGACGAGGACUCAGACCAACGGGGGACACCGAAAUCUCGUCAAGAGUCAUUCCGAGCUGGGCCACUUCGAAGACAUUCAGCUGAGAGUCUACGACCUGGACACAGGGCUGGUGAAGUCCCAGGACUUCGUCAUUCCUCCGCCGAGCGACCUGGACCAGUUGCUGGCCGCAGCCUCGUCCACUUCCAUGGAACAUUCCUGCGAGAGCCCCCUUCGGAUCAACCCUGAAUACCGGGAAAUCAAGCGCAUGAAGGAGUACAAGGAAAUCUUCAUCGAUUUUCAACCUCAGGAGAAGGCGAAGAGGCACGUCCUCACGAAGACGCUUUCCGAAGGGGAUGUCCUGUGUGGGAGAAAGCAAGCAUUGACCCUGGCGACUGGAUACAUCAACGUGGACCUGGAUCGAGUGAAGAGCGAACCGGAUGAAGACUUCAUCGAACGAUGCAUCGUGGACUCGGAAGACUACACCCAACCUGCCAUGAAGCAAUCGGAAGAAUUCUUCGCCCAACACCGGUCGAGAUCCGCGGCAACAGGAAAGAGCGACAGCGAGGAGGAAUUCCACGAGAGCUACUUCAUCGAUACUUACAGCGACACUUACAUCAAAGAGGAGGAAGAGGACGAGGACGUGGCGUCCUCGGAGAGCAGCGCCAAGAAGCAGCAGGAAUCGUGGGACCAGUCCACUGUCUCCUCGUCCGUUGUCACUGAGUCCUUGAGCGAAGACCGGGCGAUAGACACCUGGAGAGGAGCGGUCACGACGGUUCAGACCUGGGAGGAGAAGCACGGUCCGUGGGAAACCAUUCCCGGUCACCCGUUGUCCACUGAGGAAUCCGAAGUCUCUCAUCCACCCGCUCAAGCUCAGUAUUCUUUCUCCUCGGAGAGCGUGAAGUCUCACUUCUCCUCGGAUUCCGAACUCAGGACGUUCGACCCUCACGAGUUAUCUCAGGACCAAGAGGAAGAAUAUUUAGACGAGGAGCUCCUGCCCGAGCUGACUCGAAUUCAUCGAGAAACCCGCCCCGAGAUCCGGGCGAUCUCACCCCAGGAAGCCGUGUUCAUCUUGGAGAGUGCCGGAGAUCGAAUGAGUGAACCCCCGACGCUCCGAGAGCCGGUGGACGAGAGCGUCACCAGUGAUUCCCUCGUGACCGUGAUCCAAAGACAUCCCAUGAAGCAGUUGAGCGUCGACAGUGCGAAACUCCUCUCGGAUAGCGAGACCAUGGUUAGCAUAUCGGAGUUUGGAUCCCUGCAGAGCACCGGAAUGCACAGCAGCGUAGAGACCCUGGUGAAGAACGGGGCUUUCGAAGCUUCGAAGAGCGAAGACGAGCCAGAUUUGGACUACAUCGCCUUGGAUCGAGACGUCACAUCCCCUGUCGAGGCCUCUUCGCCCCCGCGAUCCGAAACGCUGCCGAAAAAAGAAUCACCUACAAGGGAAGGCUGGCACGUCGAGGAAGCAAAACCCCCUACGACCGUUUCUCGGCCUCCCCUUCCACCCAAACCCGAAAAGGUACGGGAUACCUUGCGGCAAAAAAAGAAGGGAACGGCCUCAAAAUCCCCCGAUUCUACCAUUACGAGCAACGACUCGCCGAAAAAAUCUCCACAUCAUCACCUCACUUCCCUGGGGGGUCUGUCGCGCACUGAUUCGGGAAAGACGGAGAUUUCCGAGACGUCUGAAGAAUAUGUGACCGCAACGGACCACUCAACGACCAGCAGCAGCAAGAAAAGCGGGAAGGCGCUGAAGAGCGAAGAAGGCUAUUACACUCCGAUAGAAGGGGAUAGCAAGGAUUCGUCGAAAGCAGAGAAGCCAGACUCCUCGACGAUCACCGCUCCGGAUAUCGACAGCUCGAUGCUGACCAGCUCGGAGACGAUUCAGGAUAUCCACGAGGAGCCCCUGGCAGAAAUACUAUCUCCGGGCCCGGAAAGCAGCUCCAGCAGCAGCAGUUCGGGAAGUUACGCGAUCGAACCAUCUCCGGGCAGCCAAAAGAAAUCGUCUUCCCCCUCCAUACCUCAUACGAUCGAAGAGAGCGGACAGGAAGUGGAAGAAGCGAGCACGGAACCCCAGUACGUAUCCCCAUCGACGGUGCGAAGAAGGAAGCACGCCGAGAGGGAGAGAGACGACGAAACCAAACGGUACAGCAAGUAUCUCGAAGAGGGCACGGAAGAACGGGGCGAGAGGGAAAAGCUGAAGCUCGGGAUGAAGCUGGAUCUGUGGGACACCGGGAGUUCGAGACCCUCCGGUUGGCCCAAGGUCGACCUAAGCACCGGCGAAGUUCAGGACCGCGUCCGGUCCUACAACGGAAGAAGCGGAGGAGAAGACAUGGGAGCCAGACCCAGAAGCUACCCCACUGACAAGAAGAGCAAAUCCGAAGACGAGAGACGCCGAGACGACAUCCCGAGAACCCGAAAGGACCGCCGGAAGCAGGUGACAUCCUUGGGAAUGGUCCGAAGUCCCGCCAUGCACGAGGGCUUCCGACCGGAGUUGUUCACCGUGGAACGUUCCCCUCAGACCCCGAAAGAAUACUCCAGCACCAGCAGCGACUCCGAGGAAGUGAAGCAGCGUAGCGAGCGACGCCGUCGCCGCCGAUACUCCAGGGAGACCCCCGAGGAGAGGAACCGGAAAGGGAAGAACAAAAGUCGCAGCUCCAGUCGCGACGGCCCGGAGCAACCCGGCACCCUCAGCUUGGACAGGCGGAAGAGGAAAGACGACCCAGGGUCCAACGGAGUCCCCGUCACGAGCAGUUUAGAUCGAAGGAAAAAGGAUUUAGUCAGAAGGCGCACAUUGGAGAGAGAAGACGCCGUCGACUACGGCAGCGAUUCCGUCCCGAAAGAAAAGGGAAGAGAAGGCCCGAGAAAGAACGGCAACGGCAAGGUGAAGCAAGUCCGCAUUCGACUGCGGAGCUCCGAAGACGAGGAAAAACCCGACAAGGAGUCAUCGAUCGAAGCGAGAAGACAAUCCUUACCCAGCAAUAUCAUGAACGCCAAGCGAAUCCACCGAAAGGGGGAGCAGUCGGAUUCCUUCGAGGGCCACGAAGUCCUCUUCGAUCCUGCCCAAAGUCACUUGCAAGUGAACCCGGAAGACACCAUCCAACGCCUAGGCCUCAGCUACGAAUCCCUUCACUCCGUGAGUGCAGGCAGUGAUUCCGUCUUCUUCCAGUCCGAAAGCGUCGAGGAGAUCCGCCAGGAUCUGGCGAAUGGGAAAAAAAAUGGGACCCAGGCGGAAAUAGAGACGAAGAGCGAGAUCGCGUCCAUCCAGACAGAAGCUCUGGAUCUGGAUACCUUCGAGAAGGCUCGCUCCCCUAGCGACGAACAGAGCGAAGAAUUCAUCGCACAGUCCAUCUCGGAGCCCAUCACCCCCCCAGAGAACUUCACCAACGGAGCUUCUACCUCCACCCUCGUCCAUUCCUCAUCGGAACCCGGAAUUCUCGUCGACCACUCCGAGGGAAGUCCUUCGGGCACCCUGUCGAGAGCCGCCGAGACCCAGACCGGUCGGAGCCUGAAGAAGAAGAAGCAUCUCGUGCCCGAAUUGCACGUCCUCCUUCCGCUGGGCCCCGAUAUCCCCGAGGAAGAGACGGCCGCGAAACGAAAGAAGACGAGGGUUCGUUCCGAGGAGAGAGCGACCCCUCCCAUUGUGAGCAAGGACACACGGGCCAAAUCCGAGGAGAGGUCCUUGGAAGAACGCCUCAGGAAACCUCGGAAAUCCUCGUUGGACUCAAGUCCCGACUCUUUUAGCAGAGGACGAAUGAGCUCCAACUCUUCCAUCAGAUCCUCCUCCAUCGACAUCUGCUUCGAGGACGAGGAAGAAAGUGGUGCUGUUUAUGCAGAGUGCUACAAGAGUAUGUCCUGGGUUUAUAUAGGCGAACGGCGGGAAGAGGAAGAAUUGAAAGCUCAACCAUCGAAGGAACCAGUGGAUCGCGUGGCAUCGACUGGGUCCGAGAAGGAGUUCAGCAAGAAGUACCAAGCCAUCACCCAUCGCAUGAUUCAUCGGAGAGCGACUGCGCAUAUGUUCGAGCGCAUUCAGGAUAAGCGGUUCGAGUGCGACCGGAAGGUGGUGGUUCAGCGAGUGAGCGGAGAAUUUGGGUUCCGGAUCCAUGGAUCCCGACCGGUAGUGGUCUCCGCCAUAGAACCAGGGACACCAGCAGAAUCCUCGGGGCUUCGUCUUGGCGACGUCAUCAUUGCCAUCAAUGGCGUCUCUGUCCUCGAUUCCUCCCACGCUGAAGUCGUUCGAAUCGCUCACUCAGGUUCGGAUAUUCUUACUUUGGAGAUUGCACGAACGACGCUUAUCAUGAGUCCGAUCUUGGGAGAUCAGGCAGCUACAACUAUUCAUUCUGGGUAUCUCUAUCGACGUUCUGGGAGUUCCGGAACUCUCCGCUGGCACAAACGAUGGUUCCUCCUUAAAAGUGACGCUUGCCUCUACUUUUCCAAGAGCGAAAAGGACCAGACCCCCCUGGGUGCCUUCUCCGUGUUGGGAUAUAGUGUUCAGGCGAACCCGGAGCAAGAUCAACCAUUUGCCUUCAGUGUCGGUCGAGCUGGGUCUGUCGUCCAUUGGCUUGCUGCAACUUCCCUCGACUCCAUGCAAGCCUGGAUCCAGGCCCUCAAGGAUCUAGCCAUGUCUGGCAAGGAGGAUCCGUGGUUGGAGAGGCAGAUUCUAAGCUUAGGGGCGAGUGCGACGAGCAUCCAAGACGCAGACUGUUUCGGGUACCUCAGCAAGUUGGGCCACAAGUGGAGAGCCUGGAGACGUCGAUACUGUGUCCUCAAAGACGGCCUCAUGUUUUUCUUCUCCGAAUCCAAUGCCGACUCUGCCCUCGGAGGGGUUUGCCUUCACGGAUACCGAGUUCAAAGCUCGGCUGUGGGCGGGAAAAAGCACGCGUUCGAGCUCGUCCCUCCAGACUCCAGAUUCCGGCAGUUUUACUUCUACACCGACAGCGACACGGAUAAGAAAAGAUGGGUGGCUGCCUUGGAGUACUCGAUCGACCGUUGGCUGAAGGUCAGCUGAAAUGGUUCGCCUGAAGAUCAUCGACCUUGGUGCUAAAAAAUAAAAAAAGGAAAACAAAAAGGAAUCCUGCUGCUGUUUCGUCUUCAUCUUGCUCAAAACUCCGAGUAUUCUUUCACUGCCUUCGCGUGGUAACCAGACGCUUACGUCCCGUAUGAAUGCCAUGAACUAGUUGUUAUCAUCCCCCUUUGCCGUGAGUCCAUCCCAUUCAGCUCGUUUUUCCUCCUGUCUCCAUAAUGACGUUUGAAAUAAAAAUUUGACAUUGGCCUGGAUCCACCUUCGCUCC